CGUACAGUGAGUGUGUGACUUGGUAGCACUGGCAGAGGCGUUGCAUGCUGUUACAGUGGUGUAUCUGUGCUGCUGCUGUGGUCAUGGCUCAGAGGAGGGCUGCUGGUGGCUGCUGCUGCCCCAGGGCGCCCAUGAAUGAAGACAACGCCCGUUUCUGCCUGCUGGCCGGGCUUAUCCUGCUCUACUUAUUGUGCGGGGCAGCCAUCUUCUCAGCCCUGGAACACCCCUUCGAGCUCCGUGCCCGCCGCCUCUGGAAGCAGCAGCUGGACAACUUCACCCAGCGAUACAGGGUCAACCUGGGGGCCCUGCACACUCUGCUGCGCCAGUACGAGGAGGCAAACGGAGCCGGGAUCAGAGUGGAUGCGUUGAGGCCCCGCUGGGACUUUUCUGGAGCUUUCUACUUUGUGGGCACGGUGGUCUCCACUAUUGGCUUUGGCAUGACCACACCAGCGACCAUAGCUGGGAAAAUAUUCCUAAUCUUCUACGGCCUCAUUGGUUGUGCUGCCACCAUCCUCUUCUUUAACCUCUUCCUAGAGAGGAUCAUCACGAUGUUAGCUUACAUCAUGCGCUGGUGUCAUGAGCGUCGGCUGCGAUGUGCUGGGGUGGGGAUUAUGUCGAGCGGGGAGGAGCAGUCCCGAGAGGAGGACAGUUUAGAAGGUUGGAAGCCUUCGGUCUAUUAUGUGAUGCUGAUCCUGGGAGUGGCUUCGAUUGUGAUAGCAUGCAGUGCAUCUACUCUGUACAGCUCCAUGGAGAACUGGAGCUAUGUGGACUCCCUCUACUUCUGCUUCGUGGCCUUCAGCACCAUCGGCUUCGGGGACCUAGUAAGCAGCCAGAGACAGCAGUACGAGUCUCAGGAGGCUUACCGGCUCGGGAACUGCCUUUUCAUCUUAAUGGGAGUAUGUUGCAUCUACUCACUUUUUAAUGUCAUUUCUAUUAUCAUCAAGCAAACUCUCAACUGGAUCCUGGGUAAGCUUGUCUGUUCCGGGCAGCAUCAGUCCUGCUCCUGCUCUACAUCUGGCUGCUGGUGGCUCUGCUGCCCCUGCCUCCAUAAGAAAAAUCGCAGCCAGAGACGUCCGACUGCACACCUCAGGCAAAAACGCUUAAAACGCAACACCGUGCAGCCGAUCUCAUCCCACUGCCCUGCAGGAAGACACCGCUACACGGAGGGCUCAGUAGAGACAGUGUGUGACAGCGAGACAGAAGCCGGUGCAGUGGCUGAUGGGGUUUAUGUAGGCCGCCGGCUGUCAGGAGAGAUGAUCUCUGUCAAUGAGUUCAUGGUGUCUAAUAAGGUGUCUCUGGCGCUGCUGCAGAAGCAGCUGAGCGAAACAGCUCAUCAGGGCCCACGGCAGAGCUAUGGUCAUCAAAAUGGAUUCUCUGGCGGUGUGGGAGCCUUGGCCAUCAUGAAUAAUCGCCUACAGGAAACCAGUGUGGAUAGGUAGCACCACAUUGUAUAACACACCAAGAUGUGUAUUCUUGUAUGCUUUGGGUUCUCUAUAUUGGAGUCCUAAUCCAACUAUUUCCUUACUGAGUGAUUCUGAGAAAAUCAUUUGUCCCCUCAGUAUGACAAAACCAAAUUCUCACAAUAGAAUAAUUCCCCUCUAAUUACCAUCUGUUCAGCGCCUCUCUGAGCAAUUUCAAUGGAAGUCUAUGCAGAUAAUAGCAGACCUCCAGUGUGGAUUCUGGACAUCAAAUAAUUGUUCGCAUUUUGCUCUGAGAGGAGAAAGAGAGCCAAAAGGCGAAUGCAAUUUAAAGAUUUCAGCAUCACUGUGAAGAGGGGUCUGAUGUCCUGAAGUGAUUGGCUCAUACAAAAGCAAUCAGAUGAAAGAAGCAGUGGAGGACCACUUAAAGGGGACCGCUGAUUUAAGAGUGCCGCACAUGUCCCCUUAGCUCCUCGACAAAUAUGGUUGUAUGUGAGGUGGCAGCCAGUAUUAGUGAACAUGCAGACAGGAACACAGUAUCUACAGUCUCCUCUUAGAUAACUAUCUGCAUGUAUAAAACAUGUUGAUUGUGAUUUGUGUUUGAAAAGGAGCUCCUCAAACACACUACAGGAGCUCACGAGCACCGAGAAAGAAACAUUUUAAUUUGUUGAUUGCUUGCAAAUCGCCCGUCUUGUUUCAUCAAUGCAUGUCAUUGAAAUUCACAAUCAUGAAAGAGUGCACUGAGAUCCAGGGUUUUAAAUAGAGCACAUCUAAUCAAACGAGGCCCGUAGAGGACAUCCUUAUGUCAAUAAGUGCUGUACAGACAGUCACCGGAUCACAUCAACGGAGUGGAAGGCAAGAUUCAGGCUCUCCUUGGGUAGCUGGAGGAGAUCCUUCACUAUGCAAGAAAACCCAUUUGAAUCCGUUUUGUGUCAUUUUGUCAUUUCUACAUGGCAGAUUUUCAUCAGCGCUUUAGAUGAUGAAUGAGAGAUCUUUAGAGUAGACAAAAUCUUCCAUUUUUCUUUAGUGGUCACGCUUGACAAUUGUCUUCACUGUUACUCAUUUUAAAACAAUGAGAGAAAUUGUUUAGUCAGUUACUGUGGGUAAAAAUACUGCAAGUAGUCAGUCAAAUAUUCUUUAUUUAGGUUGAAAACAAUCAUAACUCUUAACAUGUAAUGUCUAUACACAGAAAAUUACUCACUGAAAUAAUACAACAAUGCAGCAUGAUGCUGAUAAAUUGACCCAUCCUGAAACUGACCCGUUCUGAUGCUUGUUGUUUGUUUUAUCAAAUAUAUAAUUGAUGAAUAAGGCAGCACAGUACAUAUCCGACUUAUGGAAAAAAUACAUUUCACAUGCUCUGUACUGAAGAAUGGAUUUAGAAAUAUGUUUCAUACAUAGAAAGAAUUGCAAAAAAUGUUUAUAUGUUGAAUCUCUUAAUAUAAAUAGAUUUUGAUUGGUCAGUAAAUAUAGAGAUAUAUUCGGAUACUUUUAAAGAUGUGCUUUCCAAAACUAAUUUGGUUUUUAAGUAAUAAUCAAACCUUAACAUGCUGUAUAGCUCUUUUGAUUGCAAUGUAACAAAUUAUUUUAACAAAUUUUCCAAACAUCACUCAGCCAAGUAGAUCUGAUUCUACUUGUUUAAAAUAUACACAAAAAUGUAAAAGUAAACUCCUCUUCAGAGAGAUUUUAGACAAUGUGUGAAAUGUAUUUUUUCUUGACCAAAUGUGUGUAUGUGUUGAGAUUUAAAGGUGCACUGUGUAGAAUUUGGUGGCAUUUAUCGGAAUGGAGAAUUGGAAUAUAAUAUUCAUAAGUAUGUUUUAAUUAUCAUAUAAUCACCUGAAAAUAAGAAUUGUUGUGUUUUCGUUA